AUGGUAGCUAUUGGCAAAGACCUAGCGCUAGCGAAGGAGGGGAACCCGAGGUGGGGCCGCAGAACCGGAAGUCGGAGCCGGUGGGGUGAAGGUGGUGGGCACCGGACGACGCCCCCCUACCAUGCACUAGCACCGUUCGAGGUCCCGGAGCAGUACGUCCAGUACGACCCGGCCGCCCUGGUGCCGUGGGACCAUGCGCACAGCCCCCGACCCCGACGAACCCUUCGCCGCCGCCGCUGUCGUGUCCUGCCGUCGGCCGGACUCGUUACUACCGCGCACUACCCGCGCCUAAGCAAGUGCCCGAGCAACUUAGAGCGGAAGGCGCACCCCAGAUCCAGCAGCUUCUUGGACUUGGAGCAACACUACUACUACUCCGACGAGGACGAAGAGGACGACUACUAUAUCCACGGUCACUACUACGAGCGCCAGCAGCCGGUGCCGCCGCCGCCGCCGGCCAACUACUACCACUACUACCAAAGUCAGCGCCAUCCGAGGUCCGAGUCAGGGCAUCGCAGGACCAUGGACCAGUCUAGUGGUGGUGGUGUUGACGCUGACCAUCCGGUCCCAAAUCCAUCCCCGGCCGCCGCCGCACCGCCGAGCGAGCCCGCCGCCGCCGCCGCCGUCGCCGCCGGCGACCCGACACGACACGAGGCGCCCGAGCGCGCCGGCCCUAAGAUGGCGGCGAGCGCCGAAGAUGGCGGCCGAAGCUCGCCAGCGAAGGCCGUCUCGGGCCCGAGCGGCAGCGCACUGCCCGGUGGCCCGCCAGUAGCUUCGAUUCGCUCGAGCGCGACAGUGCUGCCAGCCACGAACUCCGCCGACUCGGCCACGACGACUCCAACUCAGGCACCAACUCAACAGCCCGCUGAACCGCUGCCGGUUGGUCCUUCACUCGCCGCCACCGCCGCGAAAGGGCGCCCGCCUGGCAAGGAUCGAUCUCCCGGGGCCAGCAUCAGUCCGCACCUCAACAAUCUAUCAAACGCACAGGCCGCCGGAGCACCGGCUACAUUCAACCACCAGCAGACGGGCGGCCGGCCACCGAGCAGCCCGCUCAGCAGCCCGCAGGAACCCGCGUUCCAGGCGCCGCGGGGUCCGCCACCGAUCGCGGCCGGUAUCAGGCCGCGCAAGGGCGGCUGGAAGAGCCGCCAGGCGGACAGUGGCUCGUUCGGCAACAACCCGGCCACCACCACCGACGACGACCAGGACGCAGGCACCCAGCCGGUGCCCCCGCUCGUCCGGCGUCAGCCGCUCCACGUCAACCCGGUCAACAACCGUGACAAGCUCGCCGGUGUAGCUGGUGGCGUAGCUGGUGGCGGCGGCUGGGGUCAGCGACAGCGCCAGGGCCAGGGAACGCCUGCCGGACCCUCUGGUGCCUCUGGUGCGGGGGGCGGCAGCCGCGUCCAGAGCCCGGCGGCGCCACCUGCUGCGGCGGCUACGACUGCGGCCCAGCCGUCAAUGGACGCCGCGUCUGACCCGGCGGCUCAUCCAUCACAGGCAAACGGCGGCACCACAGCGGCGGCAGCGGCAGCAGCGGCAGUCACAGCCGCGUCCGGUUCGGGUAGCGGCAGCGGUUCACAGUCCUCGUCGCAGAUCGCGGCCAUCCGGCGGAGCCAGCAGCAGCAGCUGGGCCUGGAUCUGGCCGCCGGUGACCUGGCCGGUGACAGUGUUCCCGGGCCGUCGGGGCUACUGCCGAGCAACCCGGGCGUGCCGGGCACGAUCGGGGGCAAUCCGCAGUCACGCUACUCAAACCUGUCGUUCUGGAAGGCGCGCAGGGUGCUGUUCUACCGGAAUGGCGAUCCCUUCUUCCCCGGCGUCGAGUUCCGGUUCAAGCCGGGGCGCGACAUCUGCACGCUCGAGGCGCUCCUGGACAAGAUCUCCGCCCGGAUGGACCUGCCGCGCGGGGCCCGCUACAUCUUCUCGAUGGACGGCGACCGCAAGUACGCGCUGGACGAGCUGGAGGACGGCUCCAGCUACGUCGUCUCGUCGUUCAAGGUGUUCAAGCCGGCCAGCUACGGGAAGAAGAAUGGUGUGUGGUACGCAUCGCCCGGCAACCAGGGCUGGGGUGUCGGUGCGGCCGGCACCGCUACACCCGCGCGGCUCGGCCGCAAACCGUCGGUCACCGAGGUGGACAACAUGGCGUCCGGGAGCCUGAAGCCGAGCGCGGGGCGCGUGAUCCGCAUCAUCAACAGCCACGACCACAGUGUGCAGUGCCGGGUGCUGCUGAACCUGCGCACCUCGCAGCCGUUUGAGGAGGUCCUGGAGGACCUCGGGCAGGUGCUGAAGAUGAUCGGAGCCAAAAAGAUGUAUACCAACAACGGGCAGGAGGUGCGCAGCUUCUCCCAGCUGCGCAACGAGUUCGCGGAGGUGGAGACGUUCUACCUGAGCAACACGCCGUCCCUGCCGCUCGGGGCGCUCGGCCCGGGCGUGAUCCCGCCGUCGCCCGGCCGCCGCUCCCGCUCCCGGCUCGGCGGCUCCAUGCCGGACGACCUGUCGAAGACGGCCA